AUGGCUCCGUUCACUCCUUCCCAGCAAAGGGCCAGCCAGCAUCAGGGCAACAACAGCGACAGCCUCGAAGAUCCCGCAGCCCCUGCGUUAUCGACGAACGCACUUCCUCCCGACUGUAUAGAUCCAUCUUCUCUUUCCAACGAGGCAGUUCACCCACGUUCCAACAACCAUCAACUCCAGGCCGCUGCCCCAAACCCAAUCAGCUUCUCAUUAAACUCCUACAACUCCCCAUUCGUGUACAGCCCCCCAAUCCAGCCCAAUACUUCCUACACGCAACAGACUACAGCCCAGCAAGCUUAUCCUACAGGCCAACUCAACCACUCUUACACACAACAGGCUCCCGUGCAACAAGCCUAUCCUCCAAACUACUACGUGUCUCCUGCAUAUCCAUACUCUUCAAACAACCCUCUCGGCCCUACAUGGCAGGCUUCCCCCCUUCAAUACCAAACACAUUAUAAUCCCUCGCCCGUGACGUACCCACAGGCUUCCCUUCGUAACACCGCUGCUCCUCCACAGCAGCCAGAGCAACAGAGCACACGGCCGCGGCAACUAGCUCCGCGGAAUAUGCACCCCCCAGUCGGGAUGAGCAAUGGGAAUAACACUGUCAUGCAAAGAGAGCAAUCAGCCAGCCAGGCCACGCAUGACCAGCACCCAACAAGCUAUGCCAUGCAGAAACAGCCGGCGACUCCAGUCCGGGACAUUAAUCGUUACAACAUUGAGGAGGUCUCUCCUCGCUCCAAGCCAAGUGCGGUCCCUACAGAAGACUACAGCGGCCUCAUGGAGGCAGCACAGGCCCACCUUGCACGACUGAACCAGCAUGUACCACAGAUCCAGGGGAAAAGCCCUCCCACAACUCAGUCAAGGACUGAUUCUACCAUCCCUCCUUUGUCACUACCUGCUCCGGGACAAUCGGCGGCUGUUGUUGACAACGCGUCCACGGCCCAAACAACACAAACAACACGCCAGUUCGUCGAUCUGACUCGACCUCAACCCAGCAACGCAGCCCCUCAGGAGCAUCAGGAACCAGAAACCUUUGAGCAACUCUGGGACAGCUUAGAUUCUUCAGGAUUUGACUCCCAAAACCCAAUCGUCAUCAGCGGUGAUCAGCAGGAGCUGCCUGUCGACUUCCCUGAGGUCCUCGAGACGAAUCAUCAAGCCGCACAGGCAGUGUCUGGCGUGUUGAGCCAAUCCAGUAAGACUCUUGACAUCCCCCUGAGAAGCAAAGCUGUGAGAGACGAGUUGAACAGCGCCCUGGCCGAUCCGUCGAUGGUGGUGGCGUCAGAAGUUUUGACCUCGGUGGGCACCAUCAAAGCGGCGCCGACGAACCAACACUCGUCGGCUCCGCCCACGGGGAUCUGCCCUCGACCUGUCCUUGGGAUGGACGGGCCGCUCAUAAGCCUCGUGGCCCCCGGUCACUCCGCAACUGUGAGACCAGGACCUUCUGCUAAUACCCGUCCGUGUGAAGGGGGUUAUACGCCACUUCAUAGUCUACCGUCGCCACCCGGCGCAGCUGUAAGCCAACAAGCUCCAUCGGCCGACCUUCUGUCUCCUCCGGCGCGUCCAACAACCGGCAUUACGUCCCUUCCGCCACCUCUAACGGCCAGCUUGGCCUCCCUCCCGCCAACUACGUCAACCACAUUCAUGUCACCUCCCCAUCCUCCGGCUCCCAUCAAUGCUGGCAACUCUCCUGAGCAGGCUGGACUUGUCUAUAUGCAAAACAACCUUUCUCCUCUACAGCCUGGAAUACAACCAGGUGGCACUCCACAAGCAGGGCCGUUGGGCCAGUUCCAUCCUGAAGGCUCAUAUAGCGUACGAACUGGCUCAAGCCAAUCAUUCACAUCUGCAAUAAGCCACAAGCCACCGGAAUCACUCAGAAUGAUGGCGCAGAAGAACGCCCAGGCCCGAAAGCGCAAGCAGAGGGAGGCCUUCAGAAGCGUCACCCCGCCUCACUCUCCCCAUAUUGUUGGGGAGGUGGGCUUUCCAAGCGUCAUGGCAGCAUCACAUGUCAAUGAAGGCGAGCCCAGCAAGCGAUUCCGGACCGAGACGCCCCUCGAGCCGUUCCCGACCUUUGAGGGCAGCCACCAGGCAAACGAGUCACGGCCACGGCAGCAACUGUUUCCAGGCUACGUGGACAAUCGACAGGCAGCCCCGCCAGCCACAGCCUACACGAACUACCAGCAGACACAAGCAGCCAACCCACCCUACAUGAUCAGCCAAGAGACACAAACCGCACCGCCAGCGCACAUGAUCAAUCAGCAGACUCAGGCAUCAAUCCCCCGCCCCGACACUCUGCCCACUCGGGUGGACCCGCAGAUGCUUGCCGCCAUUGGGCCCUACGCGAUGCUGUUCUAG